GUUCUUGGGUUUUCUUGAGCUACCAUUGCCUGCAAAUUGGGGGGCUCCUGUUCCACGUCCCAACUACCAACGGUCAAAUGGCCCCUCCCUCUCUUCGUUCUCCCCUUGUUUCAUUGAAGAGUUCCGUGCUUCGGCUUGGGGUUAGAACUGGGUUAUCUCCCUUCUCCUCUCCUCCAUGGUUCCUCCUCCUCCUCCUCCUCCUCACUUGCAUCUCCCCUUCUUGCUCCUCCUCUCCCGGUGGAAUUUCCUACGCCAGCCACUGCAACUCCACCGUCCCGGAAGCCACCCCCGCUGGCCUCUUGGGCGAUUCCUCCACCUCCUUCCAGAUCCCCAAUGGCUACUACUCUGGUGGCGGCCGCCUCCUCGGCUCCUUCCCUGAAUCUUUUGGCUUCCGUGCCAAAAGCCUCCACCAGACCCAGACCCCUGGCGUUCUUCAGGUCGAUGGGACCCUGGUCUUCAACGGAAGACGAGGAGUCGACUACUAUCCGAAUGGGACAGAUAGCCGCUAUAUCCGCCAUAGGAACUCAACCGCGAGGAGAGAGGCUAUCUUUCAACUCUCUGGCUUCUGGUCCGAAUCCGCCGGCAAGCUUUGCAUGGUAGGGCGUGGGUUUCUCCGGCGCAAACGAGUAGGUACCUCUAUGGAUCUCUCUGCUGUUUUGAAGCUCAAUUACCCUGACAGUUCCAAUAUCUCCACUAGCAUGGCAAAUGGCACUGUCGAGAGCUUGGAUGAAGCCCAGAGCCCGAAUCACUUUGAUCCCAUUUCAAUUUUGGCCUACGCUCAGAAAAAUUACGAGUACACGAUGAUUUCCCAAGCGAAUGAGUCGUGUUCUCAUAUUAAAUUUGAGGAAGAGCUGGUAGGAUUCAAUCCUGGUACGGUCUGUUCCAAUCUCCAGCCCUUCUUGGAUAGGCCCUUUAUAUUGGACACCGGGAGCAGCUGUUCUUCCGGGAACUGUGACCCUUUCGGUAAGGGUCCCAGGAUUUUCCCAGGUUUCAUGUUUUUCAAGCCGAUCCAGUGUUCGGACGGUGGAAGGAUGCACUUUCAAAUAGGUUUCUCCAAUGACACUAUGGCUGCAAAUGAUAGAAUCUUGGUGCCUGACAAGUCCUUAGUUGGAGAGGGGUUUUGGGAUCAAAGUGAAAACCGUCUCUGCCUCAUGGCUUGCCGAAUACUAGACGCUAAAGGGAGUUCUUUGGCCAAUGCCUCUGUUGGUGAUUGCACCAUUGGGCUUAGCCUGGGGUUCCCUGCAUUUUGGUCAAUCUCAAUUCGGAGCACCACCAUCGGACGUAUCUGGAGUGGAAAGAACAAGAAUGAUGCUGGCUACUUCAGCAUGGUUUCGUUCCGAAGUUUGCAAGACGGUGUUGAUCCAAUUCCUGGUUUGAAGUAUGAGUACACCAAAUUGGUUGCUGUCAAGAAAUAUUGUGUAGAGAACAAUGUUACAAAGCUGGGGAAGUGGAGAUAUCCCAAUGGUAGAUACUUUGAUGACAUGAGGUUUUCUCUCUCUCUCAGAGAUGUGAAUGGUAAUGAUGCAUGGGGACAAGCAACUCCGGUAUUCAUUGGUGAGACGUAUCAUGGGAAUGAUGACUCUGUCAUGACAAAUUCAGGGAUGAACCACACCCUCUGGAAUGUAAGUUAUGAGUUAAGCUAUACAUUCUGGAAUGCCUCUUCUGUUGUGGAUGAACCAACUGUGACUACGGCAGAAGGUAUAUAUAAUGCUGAAACCGGAAUGCUUUGCAUGGUUGGCUGUCGAUAUCCAAUUUCUUCAGUUGCUAGAAAACAAGCAAAUGGUGCGGCCUCUGAUUCCAUGGACUGUGAAAUCCUCAUCAACCUCCAGCUCCCCCCUCUAGAUCCACGGGCUGGAGAGCAUUUUAAUGGCACAAUUAGGAGCCUGAGGGAGAAAUCAGACCCACUUUUCUUUGAUCCUUUACAAGUCUCAUCCUCUAGUAUAUAUAGAAUCCAAACAGCUGAAAUAAGCUGGAGGAUGGACAUAGAAAUCAUUAUGGUUCUGAUCUCUCUCACACUUUCAUGUUUUUUUAUCAGAAUGCAGAUCUACCACGUCAAGAAGCAUCCAGAUGUUCUUCCUUCCAUCUCCAUCCUAAUGCUUGUUAUUCUUGCUCUUGGCUACAUGGUCCCUUUAUUCUUGAACUUUGAGGCAUUCUUUGAGCAUCAUAACCGAUAUAGCAUUCUGCUAUGGAGGGGUGGAUGGCUUGAGGUUAUCGUGAGGGUCAUGACAAUGGUUGCUUUCUUGUUAGAAUGUCGUUUGCUUCAACUGGCAUGGUCUUCUAGAUCAGCAGAGGAUGGCAAGAAGGGACUAUCAGUCCCCGAGAGGACAGCUCUCAUGUUGUGUUUGCCUUUAUAUUUUGCCGGGGGACUAAUUGCUUGCUUUGUUCAUGUAAGUUCUCGCAGGCAUAGUUAUGCUAUUUCAUACCACCGUCAUUCCCUGUGGGAGGAUCUGAUAUCUUAUUCUGGGAAUCUGAUAUCUUAUGCUGGUCUGGUACUUGAUGGCUUCUUGCUUCCUCAAGUAAUUCUUAAUAUAUUUGGGAACUCCAAAGACAAGGCUCUCACUCCUUUCUUUUAUGUCGGUACUACUGCUGUUCGUGCAUUGCCUCAUCUGUACGACGCCUAUAGAGCUCACCAUUUCUUUCCCCAACUCGUUUCAUCAUACAUCUAUGCUAGUCCUGAUGAGGAUUUCUACUCCUCCGCAUGGGAUAUCAUCAUUCCUUGUGGAGGUCUCCUCUUUGCAAUGCUUAUAUACUUGCAGCAGCGGUAUGGUGGUGGUUGCAUCCUUCCUGCAAGAUUUAGAAGGCCUGGUCAUAUGUAUGAGAUGGUUUCUAUGGUUAGUCUCUAGCUCUUUCAUAAGAAGAUCCUGGAUGGAGAUCAUGGGUUGCACGAUACUUGUGACAAGGAAGCUAUAUCUAGUUGAUGUAUGUGUUCGACAUGUGGAUGGAAAUCUAGCCAUAUACUGGGACAGUAAGUUUGUGUUUUUCUUCUUUCUUUUUAUUGUAGUUCUAGUACUGCUCUAUUAGGGAAUGGUACAAUGACUAUCAUAAUGGUCAUUGCUUAUUGUUAUAUUGAAAAAUAAAAGGUAACAAUGUUAUUGACUCAAAUGAAUAUAUUACUGAAUUAGAGUUUAUAUCUUUUACCA